AUAUUAUAUGUAUGGUGAUGAUAUAUUUAAUGGUGAUAAUACUAAGUUAUUAACAAAUGUUGGUGUCGAUAUGAGGAUGGGAUUCAUUAAGAAGGUGUAUGGGAUAUUAGCAGUACAAUUAUUGGUAACAUUUGGUAUAAUAUUAUUCAUGUCAUUGGUGAUACCCACUACAUACAUAUAUAAUAACUUUUGGUUAUUUAUACUAAGCUGUGUGAUAACAGUUGGAUUAUCAAUCGCAUUAUCAUGUUCACCUGAAUUAUGCCGUAACUAUCCUAAUAAUUACAUUGCACUUGGUACAUUCACUGUAUUCGAGGGUAUUAUGUUAGGAUUCAUAACUAGUAUGUAUACAAUAUCAAGUAUAAUAUUAACUAUUGGUAUAACAUGUAUAGUGAUGGGUGGAUUAACUAUAUUCGCCAUGACUACUAAGAAGGACUUUACAGAGGGAUUAAUGCCAUAUCUAUUUGCUGGAUUAUUGGCAUUAUUAUUAUUUGCCGUGUUAUUAAUGAUAUUCCAUCCUAAGGGUAACUCUUAUUGGUAUGCUAUAUAUGGUGGAUUAGGAGCUCUCAUCUUUAGUCUAUAUAUAGUAUUCGAUACACAACUUAUAUGUGGUAGAGGGGAACAUCUAGGAAUGGACUUCACUAUAGAUGAUUAUGUUAUGGCUGCACUUAGUAUAUAUCUAGAUGUUGUUAAUCUAUUCUUGUAA